AAAUGAGGAAAACACUGAUCACGCCUCCUGGUGCUCUCUCUUUCUCUCCCGCCUGAAUUAGCAGCUCGCCUGUGACGUAGCGCGCGCUUCCGCCGACCCACAGCGGCGCCGAGAAUGGAAAGGAGCUCUCCUCACCAAACGCUCUCUUAGUGCCACAUAAAGCCAUGUCUUCGAGGAACAGUUUCCCGAAUUUGGCGAGUAUCUGCGACUGGGAGCCUCUCAUCUCUGCCAUUCCUGCCACCAAAGUUGAGCUCACGGUGUCGUGCAGAAACCUACUAGACAGAGACACUUUCUCUAAAUCUGAUCCAAUCUGCGUGCUUUACACUCAAACGGUGGCGAGCAGGGAGUGGAGAGAGUUUGGGAGAACAGAGGCUAUCAGUAACACCCUGAACCCAGACUUUGUUCGAAAGUUUAUCCUCGAUUACUUUUUCGAAGAGAGGCAGAACCUACGCUUUGACCUGUAUGACCUCGACUCAAAGAGUGAAAAUCUGUCCAAACAUGACUUCCUGGGCCAGAUGUAUUGUACUCUUGGAGAGGUGGUUGGCUCCACAGGUAGUCGUAUGGAGAGAACACUCAUGGGCAUUCCUGGUAAAAAUUGUGGGACCAUCAUUGUUAAAGCAGAAGAACUUGGAAAUUGUCGGGAAUCAGUAUUGCUGCAAUUUUGUGGAAACAACCUGGAUAAGAAGGACUUUUUCGGCAAGUCAGACCCAUUCCUUGUCUUCUCCCGCAGCAAUGAAGAUGGAACAUACACCGUUUGCCAUAAGACUGAAGUGGUAAAGAACACACUGGACCCUGUGUGGCAGGCCUUUAAAAUCCCAGUUAGAGCGCUGUGCAAUGGAGACUAUGACAGAACAAUAAAAAUUGAGGUGUAUGACUGGGACAGAGAUGGAGGGCAUGACUACAUUGGAGAGUUCAAGACCAGCUAUAGGGAACUGUCCAAAGGCCAGUCUCAGUUCAGUGUUUGGGAAGUAUUAAACAUGAAGAAAAAGAAGAAGAAGAAGAAAUACCUCAAUUCAGGAACUGUGACUCUGCUGUCAUGCCUCAUAGAUGUUGAAGUCACCUUUUUGGAUUAUAUUAAAGGAGGUACUCAGAUUAAUUUCACGGUGGCAAUCGAUUUUACUGCAUCAAAUGGAAACCCAUCCCAGCCUACCUCUCUUCACUACAUGAAUCCAUACCAGCUCAAUGCCUAUGCCUUGGCUCUGAGAGCUGUGGGUGAGAUCAUUCAGGACUAUGACAGUGAUAAGAUGUUUCCUGCACUGGGGUUUGGAGCAAAGCUGCCUCCUGAUGGCAGGGUAUCACAUGAGUUUGCCUUGAAUGGGAACCCAGAAAACCCAUACUGCAGCGGUAUUGAAGGAGUAAUAGAGGCAUAUUACCAGAGUCUGAAGAGCGUACGUCUCUACGGUCCCACAUAUUUCUCACCCAUUAUUAAUCAUGUUGCAAGGUAUGCAUCAUUAAUAAAGGAUGGCUCAGAGUACUUCAUCCUCCUCAUCAUUUCAGAUGGAGUUAUCUCUGACAUGGCUCAGACCAAGGAAUCCAUUGUAAAUGCUUCCUGUCUUCCAAUGUCAAUUAUAAUAGUGGGAGUUGGAUCAGCUGAAUUUGAUGAAAUGGUUGAAUUGGAUGGGGAUGAAGUCAGGAUCUCCUCAAGAGGAAGGUUUGCAGAAAGAGAUAUUGUACAGUUUGUUCCUUUCCGAGACUACAUUGAUCCAAGAGGGAAUCACAUCCUCAGCAUGGCCCGUCUGGCCAAAGAUGUCCUGGCUGAAAUUCCAGACCAGUUCCUACACUACAUGAGAACCAGAGGCAUCAAACCAAGCUUAACGCCUUCUGCUCACUCUUCCAAACCACUGACACCACUGUCUCACUCUGCAGAGUCAUUACAGACGCAGAUCUGAAGGGGACCAUGGUGGUGCAUUGGCUCGUGUACUUAGUUUUCCGCACUUGGUCGAGUAUUAGGUUUUCUGAAUCAUACAGUGGCUGAGUUAGGGAGCCAACAGAGACUUCUACUUUAAAAUCUGAAUAUGACAAUUAAUAACACAGCUCUCAUUUAUGAGUUUGAUCAUGUGAGAGGUUUAUUUCUAACUAAAACAAUCAUCGUUAUAUGCCUCAUACUUUUUGUCUUUUCUUUCAAACGACUGGCUGAGCUAUGAACAAAAUGUUUACAGUGUUUGUGAUUUAUACAAGCAGAUAAUUAUAUACCUCAUGUACACUGAAGGAGCUGAAGCUUUUUGUAAUGUACCACUUCCUGUAUUUAAAGGAGAGUGAGCAUGUUUCGAAGAUAGUGUUCAGUCUCUUCAGUUUUAUUACUAACCAUUCUGGUU